GAUUAACAGAGAGAUAUGAGUUGUUCAGAAAGCACACACUUAACACAACGCACUUUCUUUAUGCGUAAUUGUUUCAGUAGCUAAAAACUACCGCUGUUGUUAACAUCCCCUAGCACAUUAGCAUAAUGUUGCUAGGGAAGUGGAGAGAGCAACGGUGUUAAAACCGCACACGUCUGGUCCUUCCCUUGUCAGUCCGUCAGACUGAGUCCUGCAGAGAGGUGAGCUGCUCCAGACUGGGUCCUGUCACCAUGGCGCGUGUUGAGACAUCCUCCAGUAGGCCGUACCACCUGGUUAUCUUUGGAGCCUCUGGCUUCACGGGCCAGUUUGUGGUGGAAGAGGUGGCUCGGACUGUGUCCGAGGGUCCGAAGGGGAACCUGAAGUGGGCCGUGGCGGGCAGGAGCAAGCAGAAGCUGGAAAAAGUUGUGGAGCAGGCCGCCGGAGUCCUCAGUAAACCGGAGCUGAGGACAGAGGUGGACAUUAUUGUGGCAGAUGUAUCAGAGCCAGACUCCCUGGCUGCCAUGUGCAAACAGGCCGUGAUUGUUCUCAACUGUGUGGGGCCUUACAGAUUCUAUGGCGAGCCAGUGGUCAAAGCCUGUGUGGAGAAUGGAGCCCACCAUAUUGACAUCUGUGGAGAGCCUCAGUUUCUGGAGGGCAUGCAGUUGAACUACAGCAGCCAGGCAGCUGAGAAAGGUGUGUACAUCAUUGGGAGCUGUGGAUUCGACUCCAUACCUGCAGACAUGGGAGUCCUCUACACCAAGGACCAGUUCAAGGGUACAUUGACUGCAGUGGAGAGCUUCCUGACUGUCAAUUCAGGACCUGAUGGCGGCUGUAUCCACGAUGGUACAUGGCAGUCUGCUAUCUAUGGUUUUGCUGAUGGCCAUAAGCUUCAGAGUCUUAGGAGGAAGUUUAAUCACAAACCUCUCCCUACUGUUGGCUCUAAGCUUAAACGCAGGGGAGCAUUGUUCUACAGCAAUGAGAUCCAGCAGUAUACGCUGCCCUUCAUGGGCUCUGAUCCCUCCGUUGUGAAGAGAACUCAGCGCUUCCUGGCAGAAGAAUACCAGGCCACACCAGUUCAGUAUGGAGCGUAUGCAGGAGUAGGAGGCAUUGGCAACAUUAUCAAGCUGAUGUUCGCUGGCAUGAUGUUCUGGUUCUUAGUCAAGUUCAGUUUUGGACGCAACCUGCUCAUCAAGUACCCAGAGUUCUUCUCCUUUGGAUUUUUCUCAAAGGCUGGUCCAACCAGAAAGCAGAUGGAAGCUUCAUCCUUCCAGUUUGCCUUCUAUGGAGAGGGAUACACAGAGGGGCAGGAUCCCUUGCAGGGAAAACCCAAUGCCAAGAUCCGCACACUGGUUCAGGGACCAGAAUGUGGUUACGUGGCCACUCCCAUUGCCAUGGUACAGGCUGCUCUAACAAUCCUGAACGAAUCCACAGCCUUGCCCAAGAAGGGAGGAGUGUACACUCCAGGGGCUGCGUUUGCAAAAACCACGCUGGUCGACCGCCUCAACAAACACGGCUUCCAGUUCUCUGUCAUCUAAAGUUUACCCCCCCUUCCUGAUGCUGUACUCCAGGUUUUUUUGAGCACUUACUAAUAUGCAUAAUAAUAAUAACUGGGAAGUUUCCAACUUUAGAAAAGAGCUAUUUAAUUGACUUGAGAUGGAGUACACUUUCAGAUUAAGUUCCAACGCCAUUUUUGAUGGUACUUUCCGCAUUUAUCCUUUUCAUUUAGUCAGAAACCUGCCAGUCUCCUCUUUGGCUUGAAUGUAGCAUUAAUGCUCUGCUUGUAAGACAAAUAGCACAACUGUGGCAGUGUUUCCUUGCCAAGGACAGUAAAAGAACAGCUGCGUGUAAAUGGGUUUGGGCACAGCCCUCCAAUGACACGAGUUAAAAAUCCCCCUUAAAUAACACGUUUUUAAAGAGCCAUGGUAUAGCAAGCAGUUAACUUAAUAUUAUUAAACAUAAUGAUCACAGAUAAUAUUUACAGUGGCAGAGUAGACGAUUGAUAAAGUAGGUUGAAACCAGUGCUACAGAAGUAGUGAAAAAACGACUGACAAUUGUCAUCGUGUAAGAAAAGCAAACCUCUACAAUCUUUAUAAGUGUUGUCCUUGUAACAUAACAAGGACAUUACUCCCUAAGUAGCACUAACAUUGUAGUUGUACAUGUGUCGUUCUGGUUCAGUGCAGUGCAGCUGUUGAUAGAGAAUUAGAAAUCUGCUGUGUGUGCACGUACAUGCUUGUCUUUCCUGGCCUGGCCUGUUAGUUAAAAAUCCUGAUUGCUUGGUUUUUGACAGGUAAUAGUUGGGCUAUCACUAAAUCAUCCUAGUUUCGUAAAUGUUUUUUUUUGUAGCUGAAUGUUGCAACGGUCCACCUAUCCAAAUGUUUGCUUUUGAGCCUUGUCAGAAAAUGCAUCCAGGUGUUUGUGCACAAAACAGCAUGAAGUGCUCCAUGAAACUGAGCAGACCCUCUCUGCUGUUUAGUUAACAAGUGUGUUCAAAGUUUUUGUUGCUUAUAUGGACUGGAAUAAUUUCACCCACAAAGUGAUGAGUUGGAUCUCAGUCCAGACUUGUUUUUUCAUGUUUUUGAGAGUUUGAGCAUUAUGUGCAUGGGACAGGCUGUUUUGGGGUUUUGUUUUGGUGUGCUUUGCUUUGUAAAGGUCUCAUAAAUAAAGCCAAAUAAAGUCCUGCUAAUA